AAGUGUCGCGAGAAUUUUUCCGCGAGUUCUGUCAAAUGAACUGGCAAUGCUAUUUACACUUGCGUUGCGACGUUGAGUAGUGUCCGACAGCAAACCGCGCGAGUUUUCUCGCUAGUCUAAAGGCACCAUUAUAAUCGAUUUUUUAAAUCGGAACGGAUAGGCAUGCGCUUUGGACGGAGUCACAUCAGAGUUUAGGUCAUUAUGAUUUCAUCUUUGAGUUUUAAACAACGUACUCGCGCACAUAAAUAAACCCUUUUUUCAUGACCCGCACCCGCGUAUUAUCCAGUCGUUGGAGUAUUUGUGUACAUAUUUUGGAUUUUCGAAGGCAAAAAGUUAAAUUCUUGCGUACGAUUACGUACAGCAGGUAGAAGCAUAGUUGUGGGACACCUAAAACUAUGCAUGUAAGAACGUUUAUUUUUAAUUCAAAUUCCGAAAAAGGGUAUACACGUGUUUGUGGCGGUUAGAAAAGUUCUAUUUGGGAACCGGUGUGGUAAAUGAACACCUCUUUUGCGUAACAAAGCAUGGUAUGAAAAUUUAGUGUCUUAAACAUAUUAAGGAAAUGAGCUCUUUUGAUAACAUAAAGAGUGAACACUUGGCAGAGUUGGAGACAGAAGAUGACUUGCAAACUGGUAAAAUCCGAUUGAAAAAGGAAUUGGGCUUACUAGAGGGAGUCGCAGUUAUAUUGGGAAUAAUCUUUGGUUCAGGCAUAUUUAUAUCACCUAAGGGCAUAAUACAAGAAGUAGAAUCCAUUGGUUUUUCUUUAGUUGUGUGGGUUUUGUGUGGUUUAUUGUCAAUGAUUGGUGCAAUUUGUUACGCUGAGCUAGGAACGACUGUACCUAAGUCGGGAGGUGAUUAUGCAUAUAUUAAUGAAGCAUUUGGACCACUUCCCGCUUUUCUCUACUUGUGGGCAGCUAAUUUAAUUUUUGUCCCAACUACCAAUGCUAUUAUGGGCCUUACAUUUGCCAAUUAUGUAAUUCAACCGUUUUUCCCUAAUUGCAGCAUUCCUAACGUUGCAGUUAUGUUACUUGCGACUAUUACGAUAUCUUCCCUGUCAUACCUAAAUGGUUACAAUGUAAAAGCAACAACCAAAAUACAGAAUGUGUUUAUGUUUUGCAAAGUCGGUGCUUUGAUUGUUGUUAUAUUAGUUGGUGUUACGUGGAUGUGUAUGGGACAUGUGGAGCACUUUGACGAACCCUUUGAAGGAACUAUUACAAAUCCGGGAAAGAUAGCGAAAGCGUUCUACUCUGGUAUAUUUUCGUAUUCUGGUUGGAAUUAUCUUAACUUUAUGACAGAAGAAUUAAAAAAUCCAUAUGUUAAUUUACCAAGGGCAAUAUUUAUUUCUAUACCUUUAGUUACUGCGAUCUACGUAUUGGCGAAUAUGUCCUAUCUUGCAGUUUUAACACCAGAUGCUAUGAAAGCAUCUGAUGCAAUUGCAGUUACAUUUGGUAAUCGUGUAAUGGGUAAAGUGGCAUGGAUUAUUCCGGUAAUGGUUGCUAUCUCAGCGUUUGGCGGUCUGAGUGUUCAUAUCAUGGCAUCAUCUCGAAUGUUAUUUGUAGGUGCUCGAAAUGGACACUUUCCUGCCUUCCUUUCUCAUUUAAGCAUAACACGUUUCACACCUGUUGCUUCGCUAGUAUUUUUGAAUGUUUUGUCCUUACUGAUGUUAGGAAUUGGCAGUAUACAUAAGCUUAUUACAUAUUGUACAAUCGUCGAAUCGUUCUUUGUUAUGUUAUCUGUCAUGGGGCUUUUAUAUAUGCGAUGGAAGCGACCUAAACUAGAACGACCAAUUAAGGUUUGGAUCGGUGUUCCAAUCAUAUUUGUUAUGCUGUGUUUUUUUUUAAUUGUGAUGCCUUGUGUCGAAGCGCCUUAUGAAGUAGGUAUGGGAGUACUAAUUACUUUAUCUGGGAUUCCUGCAUAUUAUUUAGGAGUUUGUUGGACAAAUAAACCAUUGUGGUUCCAAACUAUUAUGCGUAAAGUAACAAAAGUGUGUCAAAUAAUAUUCAUUGCUGCCAAAGAGGAUUAAACAUAUGUCGCUGGCGAACAAACAAUAAGUUGCCAUUUCUAGUUUUAUAGCUUUUAAAUAUUGUGUGUAAUCUACAUAAUAAAGAAGUUACUUAAA